AUACCAUUGCAAAGUGGUAUAGUUACCAUUAAUAGAAAUAUUCUUAUUGGUUUAGUUAGUAGUAUUAUUACUGCUGCGCUGGGAUACGGUGUAAGACUUAUUCUUUUGAAUUAUUUAGAAUACGACGUUUUUUCUAAUCUAGAUAACUUAAUACCUAGCUUUAGUUAUUUCUGCUCUUUAGGUGGUAUUCGUUUUGUAAUUAAUGAAUUUCUUAAAGAAAAUACUUUCCUAACGUAUCAUUGUGGUGGUAAUAGGGCAGUCUCUAACCCCACAGCUGGAAGUGGUUCUUUACCUGUUGGUAUUAACCCAGCUGGGUAUAGUCCUAUGCAAGCUCCUAAUGAACCAGGUAUAGGUAGUUCUGGACCAACUGGUAGUUCUGGUGCUUUAGUUACAGAUGAGCGUUCAAAAUUACAGGAAAGACUUGUUAAAAUAGAAGGUAAAUUAAGUUACUGUAGGGAACAAGUUGAAGGUGCUAGACAAGAUUUGGAUGAAGUAGUAUCUAAAAGACCUAUGUAUAUAGAAAACGGUCAUGAAGAGCUAUGA